UAUGUCGCACAGUGGGUUAUGUAGCACAUCUUUCUUCAAUAUAUCUUGUAUAGCGCAACGCGCUUGUCAGUUUGUGCAAGCCUUGUUUGACAGCGUCUACGUAAACAAACUACAAUUGUGGACCCUCCGAAGUAAACUGUUGAACUUACAAGAUUUUACAAAAAAAUGUCCAAACAAUUUGUUGGGUUUUCUGACGAUGACAUCUUCAAGAUCACUCGACAGGCGGGAGGCAAAGAGGCGGCAAAAGAAUUGUCGCGUCCCCACAGCAGGCAACCUAAAGCACCGCCGGGUGCGGUAAAAUUUGUUCCACCACCAUCAACAGUAAACAAUGGCAACCUGAGUACAGUUAGCUGUGUCGAUACUAGCAUUUAUCCUCAACAUCCAAUACAACAAGCUGUUGCCUUUAAACCUGUGCCGGUAAUGAUGAAUGCCCCUGAGGAUGAGUCGAUUUUGGUACUUCCGAACCAACCAACAACGGUGGGCAGAAAUUCCGAACCAACCAUUACUAGCAGUACGCCAGGUGUGGCCGGUUUGCGAACAAAUCUGAACGAUGUGCUAACUCCGUUCAAAGGCAUGUCGUUGAAGGAUUUUGAACAGCAGCGAAAAAUGAUGGAAGAGCAGAAUAGACAGAAACGCGAUAUUCUUCAUAAAGCUAUAGAGCAACAUGCCCAAAAAACAGCUGCGGAAGCUAGCAAAAUCCAGGAGAUUAAAUCAGAACUCAGCAAACUAGACUCCGAGCUGGCAUCGGAUGUAGCAAUUUUACGCAAACAAAUUGAUGCGGCGAGCCUGCAUUUUUCGAGCGUUGAAAAAAAUUAUCUUACCAUAGAGAAUAUGUUUCUGAAAGCCAAGGUAGACCUUCAUCAAGCGUUGGAAAAGAAGGAAAUGUUAACCGAACAUUUGUGUGCAAUCAUUUCCCACAACGAGGAGCGGAAGGCGAAGCGUUUGUCAGAGCUGAUGGAAAAGGUAGGUAUUUCGGUGAACGAUACUUUUGACGAUACUCUCAAUGGAAAGAACAGCACUGGCGCAACCACGGACACAACCACGGAACCGGACAGCAUCCAAUCGACACGCAAUUAAUGUUUCUUACUAGAUAGGUUAACUUUACGCUGUGAUACAGCAUACGAAAGGUGACAACAGCACUAACAAAACAACCAAAUCGGAUGACAACAACAACAAACACAAAAUCUCGUUAAAAUGUAGUCGCUUUGGACUUACUGUUAGUACUCUGUCAAGACAAAACACUCAGCACGAUUCCGGCACAACUCUUGCCUUUAAUGCAUUUUAACACAUUAAGCUAUACUAUGCAUUUUAAAAUCCACCCCUCCGUUUGUAUCUUACAACAAAGUAGAGAUAAAAAGCAACACAAAAUAAAAGCAAUGUUAGAGUUAAAGAUUUGUUUAGUACUCACAAGCGCGCACACAGAACAGUAUUGUAGGCUGUUGCAAUUGUGAAUCAAGCCUAGCCAGAGGAUGGAAUGGUGAUUUGAACAGACAAUAAACGAUAUUAUACAUAUUUUCUAUAACAUUUUACACGAAACUUAAACCGGUUUCUUUUCUCACAGAGAAGAGGAUACUAGAUAUUCCAGCAAAUGAAACGAAACUAUUGCAAAUUUAAUAGUAACGCAAGAGGCAGUAACAUGGUGGCGUAUUUCUUGUUUUGUUCAAAAGAAAAACAGAAGAGUAUUUAUAUUCAGGUUAAAAGAUAUUUGAUUGUAUUUUAAAGGCGGUACAGCAAAUGAUGCUUGUUUCUAUGGCAUAGAUUAUAAAUAUGUAAACAAAA